AUGACUUAAUUUUCUCAAAAAGAAUUCAAACUUCAAGAAAUACAAAGCAUUAAUAUUUAUUAAUAAUGCAUUAUCGGCAUCAGUGCUUUAUAUUUUGAUUAAAAAGGGGAAUAUAUCUAUGGUUUAGGUGAACAUCAUAAAUUGAAAAUAUAUGAUUUAAGGACUAGAUGUUCAAAGUUAUUCAUUUUUUGUCGAUGCGAAUGCAAUUUAGGAAUAUAAGUUUGUGAAGAUAUUAGUACAAUUGUGACAUGUUGGGAACCUGGAGUACUCAUAAUAUACAGAGUUGAAACAAGAAAUUGGAAAAUUUUGAGAAUAUAAUAUAUCAUAUCAUCUAUCCACUUUACUAGAUUGAGUAAUGUUAAUUAAUAAUUGAAUCAUUUUGCUUGUAAUUAUUUAUGUUGAAUUAGGUUCUAAAUCUGAUGGCUCUUUAACUGUUUACCAUAAUUCCAAAGGAUUGUUUUAAUAAUUUUAAUAAAUUUGUGAUGCAAAUUAGAAUGAAUGGCUCAAUAUUAUACUUUUUGAAUCUUUUUUGAUUUGCUCCAAUUAAAGUGUUUAAAUUUAGAUGUUCAAAUUCAACCAAAAUUUGAAAAGAUAUGAAUUUUUUAAAAUAUUUACAAACAACAUCACAAUUUAUUCUAUUUUUGGAUCAUUUGAUAGAAUUUUGAUACUUGGAUCAAAUAAGAAGUAUAAGCAAUAUGAAGUUGAUUUAGAAAAAGGUGAUUUGAAAUGUUUGGGAGAGACUUAAGAUUAAGGUUCUUUUCUCUCUUAAAUUCUAUUUUUGGAUGGAGGAAAUUCAUUCAUAGAGAUAGGAUUUUCAAAAUAUUUGAAUUUAUGGAAAUUCGACAAAAAAGAAAUUAAGAUUUCAGAAACAAUCGAGUUUGAAUAAAGAAUCAGUACUGCUAGCGUUUCAAAAAAUAAAAAUGCUGUGAUAAUUGGCUUUAAAGAUGGAACUAUUAAGCUUUAUGCUUGA